CGCCGACGCAACUGAAACAAAAGACAGAUGCGCUUUGAUCAAACACAGAAGCAGUCUCUGUACGUCUACACUUGUGAGCGAUAGGCUUCGGUAGUGAACGCUUGCGCCAAGUAGUGAUGAAGAAACUGGCUGAUCGGCUCUUGCAUCGUUUCACCAACCAUGAAACCGCUUCAAACGCCAAUCACCACUGGACAGGUGAAGGCACAAGUAGUCUUAGACAUAGACAGGAUCAUCGCAGGAUGCCUCCUCAAGGUGUCCGGCUUCAUAUCAGUGAUCGUUAUGUUGUCAUGGACAAUGGAAUCCUCCAGGUUACACUUUCGAAACCAGGUGGUAUCAUCACCGGGAUAAAGUAUAACGGUAUUGACAAUGUGCUCGAAGUUCGUAACAAGGAGACCAAUAGAGGGUACUGGGAUCUGCACUGGAAUGAACCUGGAGGCAAGGGAAUAUUUGAUGUCAUCAGUGGAGAAACAUUCAGGGUGAUAGUUGAGACUGAAGAACAGGUUGAGAUAUCAUUUGUAAGAACAUGGAAUCCAUCCCUUGAGGGAAAGUACAUUCCCCUGAAUAUCGAUAAAAGGUUUAUAAUGCUCCGUGGCUCUUCUGGAGUUUACUCAUACGGCAUUUAUGAACACCUUAAAGAGUGGCCUGGGUUUGAACUUGGGGAAACAAGAAUCGCCUUCAAGCUCAGAAAAGACAAAUUCCAUUACAUGGCGGUGGCAGAUGACAGAAAAAGGAUAAUGCCUUUUCCAGAUGAUCUAUGCAAAGGAAGAUGCCAAACUCUAGAUUACCAGGAAGCUUCCCUGCUCACUGCUCCGUGUGAUCCACACCUGCAAGGCGAAGUAGAUGACAAGUACCAAUACUCGUGUGAGAAUAAGGAUCUGAGAGUGCAUGGAUGGAUAUCCUUCGACCCGCCUGUAGGAUUCUGGCAAAUUACUCCCAGUAAUGAGUUCCGAUCAGGCGGGCCACUCAAACAAAACCUUACCUCACAUGUUGGCCCAACCACCCUUGCAGUGUUUCACAGUACACAUUAUGCGGGGAAAACCAUGAUGCCUCGCUUUGAAUGUGGUGAGCCUUGGAAGAAAGUCUAUGGCCCUGUUUUCAUUUACUUAAACUCCACAGCUAUUAGAGAUGAUUCACUCUUCUUAUGGGAUGAUGCCAAGAUAAAGAUGAUGGCUGAGGUUGAAAGUUGGCCUUAUAGCUUUGUGGCAUCUGAGGACUAUCCAAAGUCUGAAGAACGUGGUACUGCCCAUGGUAGAUUACUUGUUUGCGAUAGGUUCGUAAGCAAUGAUUUGAUGUCAGCAGUAGGUGCUUAUGUGGGUUUGGCUCCACCUGGUGAUGCUGGUUCUUGGCAAAUAGAAUGCAAGGGAUACCAAUUUUGGGCGAUAACAGAUGAGGCUGGCUUCUUUUCCAUAGAAAAUGUGCGUCCUGGCGAGUACAAUCUCUACGCAUGGGUCCCUGGCUUCAUUGGAGAUUAUCAUAACAACUCUGUUGUUUCUGUGGCUUCAGGGUGCAAGAUUGAAAUGGGUGAUAUCGUCUAUGAACCUCCAAGAGAUGGACCUACCUUAUGGGAAAUAGGCAUUCCUGACAGAAAAGCUUCUGAGUUCUUUAUCCCAGAUCCUGAUCCCACACUUGUAAACAGAGUUUUAGUCCAUCCUCAAGACAGGUUCAGGCAAUAUGGUUUGUGGAAGAGAUACACUGAUUUGUAUCCAAAUGAUGACCUUGUUUACACGAUUGGUGUAAGUGAUUAUCGCAGAGACUGGUUCUUUGCUCAAGUUCCUAGGAAGAAAGGAGAUGUGCAUGAAGGAACAACUUGGCAGAUUAGGUUUAAACUCGAAAACAUUGAUCAAAAGGCGAAUUACAAACUGCGAGUUGCCAUAGCAUCUGCAACCUUAGCGGAGUUGCAGGUUAGAGUCAAUGAUGCUGAAGCAACACGUCCUCUGUUCACAACCGGACUUAUAGGGAGAGACAACUCGAUUGCAAGGCACGGAAUCCACGGGGUUUACAUGCUGUACACGGUGAACAUACCGGGAAACCGGUUUGUGCAGGGGGAUAACACAAUAUUCCUGAAACAGCCAAGAUGCAAUGGUCCCUUUCAAGGGAUUAUGUAUGACUACAUUCGUCUUGAAGGCGCUCCUUAAACAGUAUGUGUAAAUCGAAAUGCAUUUGAAUAUAUAUAAAUAAAACCAAUAGAUAGUGGUAACAGCUGUUUCAUAUUUGAUAUGCAAACUCCAAAACCAAACCAACAUCCUGACAAUCAAAACUGAACCCUAAGACAUAACAAUAUAGAAAGGAACAUAAGCGAUUGAACUACUUACUUACUGCUACAUUUCCCUGCAACUUGCUCAGCUGAGCUUCUCUUCACCAGUCCCUUGUUACAAAGCUCAUUGAGCAGCUCCAGAGCUUCCUUUGCCAUACCUUCAUAAGCUAUACCUUCUAUCAGAAUCGUGUACGAUGUUUCAGUCGGUUUACACCCUCUGUUGAUCAUAUAAACCAAGAAAUCAAUGGCACGGUCCGUCUGCCUAGUCUUGCAGAGUCCCAGCAUUAUAGAGUUAAACGUAACCGCGUUUGGCCUAACCCCCAUUCUCUCAAACUCAUGGAAAAACUUAAUAGCUUCAUCUACUUUCCCUUCCCUGCUCAAACCUCCAACAAGAGAUGAAUAGGUGAUAGUAUCAGGCCUUAGAUCUUUUGCACGCAUCUCGUCUAGCAGCUUUAUCGCCUUCCCUGUCUUCCCAGCUUUCGCAAGCCCAUCAAUAACAGUAUUAUAAGUGAUUAGCACAGGUGAACAUCCCUUGCUACUAAGCUGGUUAAGUAUCUCAACCGCAUCGUCAACUUUCCCAUCUUUACACAAAGCUGUUAACAUAGUGUUGUAAGUCACAAUGUCAGGGUAACAGCCACGAGAGACCAUCCUCUCCAGAUACUCAACAGCUCUGUCCAUCUUCUUCUCCUUGCAAAACCCAUGAAGCAAAGGAUUGUAACUCAAAGAGUUAGGCUGACACCCAUGUUUAGGCAUCUUCUCCAAAACAUCAAUAGCUCUCCCAAGCAAACCUUUUCUACACAAGAAGUUAAUCAAAAUAUUGAAAGUGACAACACUCGGUGAAAAGCCUUUACGCAGCAUAUCAGCAAGAAGCUUCUCCGCAUCCAUCCAUCUCCCCGUGCUACACAUACUCCUCAGAAUAAUAUUAUGCGUAAUCACAUUAGGCUGACAUCCAUAAGAAGGCAUGUCAUUCAAGAACUUAAUCGCUUCAUCCAACCUCCCUUCUUUACAUAUCCCAUUCACAAGAACAUUAUAAGUCACAACAUCAGGAGUACACCCUCUCUCCCUCAUCUCAUCCACAAGCUUCAUCGCCUCACCAACACCACUCUCUUUACAAGUAGCUUCAAUCAAUAUCGUAUAAGUAAUCACAUCAGGAUAACAAUCCCUCUUAAGCUGCCUAUCAAGAACCUCCAUGGCUUGCUUAAGCUUCCCACUAUCGCAAAGAGAACGUAAUAUAGUAUUGUAAGUAACAACAUCAGGAGAAACACUCAUCCUAUCGAGAACACUCAAAGCGUUACUAAUCUCCCCUGCUUUACAGUAUCCACUAAUCAUCACAUUAUAAGUUAUAACAUCGGGGACAGCUCCAGAGCCUUCAAGAAUCUCCAAGAUCUUCGCAGCUCUCUUCGUCUUCCCCAUCCUACAGAACCCACGAAUCAAAGUCGUGCAAGGGAUGAUGUCGGGGACGUUCCCGUGGUAAACCAUGUUCUCUAAGAACUUAAACCCUUCCUCGAGUUCACCGGUUCUAACUAGCUGACGUAAAUGGUUGUUACUCUCGACAUCUUCCAAGGCGAAAGAUGAGUGGGCAGAGCUGUAAUGACCGUUACCGUUACUGUUGUUAACCCCAGAGGAUAAAGUUUCGAACUUUUGAGCUCUACCGUUGAGACCAGAGCUCUCUACUUUAGAGGAAGCGAAGGUGAGAACAAGUUGGUUCCUUUUUCGUGACCCAAGAGAGAUUCUAGACUUAACAUCAAGCUUACUACUUGGCUUAGACUCGCGGUGAAACUGUUGAAUCAAGCUAAACCCUUCUUGUGCAGUGCUUGUGGACACCAUAAAAUCCAUGGAGAUUAACAGUAUAGCAAGUUCAGAACAUAGAUAAAGAAACUAACUUUAGUACUACUCUCUGAGAUAAGGUUUAGGGACA